AUGAUGGAUUCUUACUCUUCUCACCGAGACUCCUCCGCGCGCUCGCCGGGCGACAGGACGUGGAGCAGUCGCGACGACACACGAGUCAAGGAGGAGCGCGCUGACACAUUCUACCGUGGUAGAUCCCCUGGCCAUGAGCGUCAGCACCGUGACAGACGUCGGUCACGAUCCCCAGCCGCUAUCGACCGUUACGAGCCGAGGGGCCGCGGCCGCGAUGACUACGCCGGUGGCAGGGAUCGCGAUGAUCGCCGGGAGAGAAGGAUAGCGUCACCACCGUCCAACAUUGAUCGCUACGUCCCUGGACAAGACAACAGCGCCUCUGCACCGAUGACCAUCAACCCCCUCGCGGACCCCGUCAAGCUUCCCUACCAAGUCGGGUUCUCGUAUUUUGGAGAAUGGUGGAGGAUGAAUGAGAAGAUCAAGGAGGAGAAGGAACGCCAACGCACCGGUCGUCGCCGUGAACCCGAACGCGCCCGCGGCACACGUGAAGCACAAGAAGAACGCGAGAAGGAGAAGGGCAAGAUUCAGGUUGCGUAUGACGCCUAUAAGGAAGAACUUCAAGCAAAGAUGGCUCGUACCUUUGUUGGGGAGCACAAGAAAGAGCAGUGGUUUCGCGAGCGCUAUGUCCCUGAGAUUCGCGACGGUUUCAGAGCCCAGCUUAAUGAGUUCCGCCGGGGUGCCUACAGUCAAUGGGAACAAGAUCUUGAAUCUGGAACGUUUGACGAGUUCUCGUUGGAGGGAAUCCCCAAGAGCGAGACCAAUGGCCUCGGAGGCCUCGUAGAGAAGGAGGAAGGUGAAGCAACCGCCGCCAACGAGAUCCUGGGUGUGGGAGACCUUGUGCCAGCCAAUGGUGCUGAUAUCAGAGAUGAGAACCUGUAUCAGCCGACCCUCCUCAUCAAGACUAUUGCGCCCCAUGUCAGCAGACAAAAUCUCGAGACCUUCUGCAAGGAACAUCUCGGCGAAGAAGAGGGCGGCUUCAAGUGGCUUUCUCUGUCAGAUCCCAACCCCAGCAAGCGGUAUCAUCGCAUUGGUUGGGUCAUGCUUCACCCCUCAUCAGAGGUUGCUCCUGCGGUCGUUGACCGUGUAGACCCCAAGGACGAGGACGGUGACAUGCCCUUGAAGUCGCCUGCAGUCGUGUCGACUGCCGAAAAGGCUCUUGAUGCGGUCAAUGGCAAGACUGUCAAGGACGAAGUCAGAGGCGACUUUGUCUGCCACGUCGGUGUGCACAACCCGCCCAGUCACCCUCGAAAGAAGGCUCUCUGGGAUCUCUUCUCUGCGCCAGAGCGGGUCGAGAAAGAUCUCGGCCUUGUUCAGCGACUCGUCAACAAAUUCGAGGAAGACUUCGGAUCUGACUUCAAUGCUGUCUUGAAGAUCGAGGAAAGAGUCGACGACCUUAAGAAUGGCGGCCGCCUCCAGCCCGCUGCCACGGCGACAAAGAAGAAGGCCAAGAAGGAGCGUGAUCUUGAUGUCGACGACGGCAUGGAAGACGGAGAGGACGGUGCCAUUGAUGACGAAGAGGACGAGGGUGCUGUCGAGGAGGACGACGUUGACGACGAAGAGCUCCUGGUCAAGAAGAAGCAACUGGAUCUCAUGAUUGAGUACCUCAGACGCGUAUACAACUUCUGCUUCUUCUGCGUCUUUGAGAGUGAUUCGAUUCACGAGCUCACUCGUAAAUGCCCCGGCGGUCAUCUGCGUCGCCCGAGAACCACGCUCAGCACUUCUGCCAAGGCUGUUGCCCGCGCCAGUGCUAACGGGGAACCCUUCCCUGGGAAGAAGCGCAGUGAGAUCGAGGAGGAGGGCGAAGCAACCGAGGACAAGAAGUUCCGUGGUACAACCGGCAAGGCGGAGCAACAGCUGCUCCGCGCUUACAACUGGGUCAAGACGUUCGAGGACAAGAUCAUGCAAAUUCUCGAGCCUGAAACGGCAGACCUGCGCAAGCUUGGAGGCCGCCCCGUUGAGGACGCCGUCAGCGACGAGCUGCUCAAAUACGUCAAGCAGGAAGACGAGCACAAGUGGCGAUGCAAGGUUCCUGAGUGCGCCAAGUUGUUCAAGGAAGAGCACUUCUGGCGCAAGCACGUCGAGAAGCGCCACAACGAAUGGCUUGAGACCAUUGAGCAAGAGUUUCAUCUCAUCAAUGCCUACGUCAUGGACCCAUCUCACAUUGCUCCUUCAAGAACGGAUGCUAAUUCCAACGGUCACUUUCCUCCUGCCAAUGGAUCGUCUGCGACUGGAACCCCCCGUGGUUUCAACCUGCAGAAUUUCACCAUUAACGGCAUGAUGCCUAUUCCUGGAUUCCCCAUGCCACCCGGCGGCUUCCCACCAUUCGUCGGUGGUGGGCAUCCCGGAAUGCAGCCUGGAUGGAACGCUGGCGGCGAUGACCGCGGAGGUCCUGGCCCCAUUCGCCGUGGAGGUAUGAGUGGCAGCCGUGGCAACUACCGAAGCAAUCCUUAUGACCGACGCCCCAAUCCCCGCUGGGAUGGUGGUAUGAGCGGAAGGGGCCGCGGUGGCGCUGGCAAGUGGGGAGACGGUGCUGCUGGCGGAGCGGCUGUCGGCCCACGAGAGGCCACUCAGGGACGCAGUCUCAAGAGCUACGAGGAUCUCGAUCAUGUGGCUGGCGGCGGCGGCGGAGAGCUGAAUUAUUAG